CUCUCUCGCUCCUCUCCUCUCCUCCUCACACACUUGGCGCGCGCCUCGAUUCGUUCCCUUCUUUCGCCUUGCUUGCAAUUGCCGGCGGACCAAUGGCAGUGCAGGCGCAUUACCACCACCAUCAUCAUCACCAGCACCAGCAGCAGCCGCAGCCUCCCCUGUUCCUCGCCAGAGGCGUCGUCUCGCCGGAGAACACCAGGGCGGCGGCGAUGGAGUUCCCACAGAUGACGGCCGCGGCGGCGGCGGCGGCGCAGCAGCAGCAGCCUCCCUUGUUCUUGGAGUUCUCGCGCGGAGUCGGAGAUGGAGAUGGGGGCAGCAACUCGAGGAAGCGGCCGCGAGAGGCGGAGGCGGCCAUGGCGACGCGGAUGCUGUCGCUGCAGCCGCAGGCUCCUCAGGGGCACAAGGUGGUGAGCCUGGCGCAGCUGCACAAGCGGCCGGCGACGGGGCUCCGCCUCGACUUCGACGACGGCUCGGAGCACGUGUCCACGACUUCGUCCGCCUCGUCUCUCCUCCCCGGCGAGCUCGCCACGCAGUUCGACCAGUACAAGGACGAGAUGGCGCAUCUGCUCCAGGAUCAUACGGAGAGGCUCCGCCGCGCGCUGGGCGAGGCGAGGCGGCGGCACUACCGGUCGCUGCUCGGCGCGGCCGAGGCGGCGGCGGCGCGGCGGAUGAGGGAGAAGGAAGUCGAGGCCUCGAAGGCGGCGCGGCGCGGCGCCGAGCUGGAGGAGCGGGUGGCGCGUCUGAGGGCGGAGGCGGCGACGUGGCAGGCGAAGGCGCUGGCAGACCAGUCCACGGCGGCGGCGCUCCACGCGCAGCUGCAGCAGGCGGCGGCCGCGGCGCAAGCGAGGGGCAAGGCGGAGGAAGACAACAACGGCGCCGCCGCCGCCGCGGACGACGCCGAGUCGGGGUUCGUCGACCCGGACAGAGUCGAGGAAGUGAUCCCCCCGCCGCCACCGCCGCCGUCCAGGCCGUGCCGGACGUGCCGGCAGAGACCCUCCUCCGUCGUGCUGCUCCCAUGCCGCCACCUCUGCGUGUGCGAGGCGUGCGAGCCCGCCGUGUCCACCGCCAUCACCGGCGCCGCCGCCGCCGCCGCCGCCUGCCCCACGUGCCGCGGCGCGGUCACCGGCACCGUGCAGGUCUUCCUCUCGUGAAGGAAAAACCAAACAUUGGUACAGAAAUGGCUCACCUUUUUUCCCCCACUCCCCUCGGGACAAACCCAUUGCUGAAAGCCAAAUCUGAACUAUGAAAAAUUGUAAAGUUUGCAUUUUUUCCUAGUUUCCUUCCAGUUCCUUGUUAAUCAAUUCGAUCUCUCCAUUAUCAGAUCAUAUGAGUCAAGAUCAAAUGAUACUCGGUACCUUUCGGCUGUUGUGUCCAGUGAGUUUUGGAAGAUUAAAAAACCAUCAAGAUUGGGUUAAGCAAAGUCACUGGCACUGAAUCACUGUCAAUGUAGAGUGAAUUUACC